AAUGCACAUGCGUAGCUAUGCAAAAUCUUUCGGCGAUGUUCACUCUGAUAGUGCACGUGGUAGUCACUUCGAAUAUUUCUUAACGUCAUUGAGACAUCACAGUUAUUUUACUGAAAUUGUAUUAUCAGCAAGCAUGAAGAUUCGCAAAAAGCAGAGCAAGCGCAUGCCAGCGAGUAAGAGAUACAAGAUUGAAAAAAAAGUUCGGGAGCACAAUCGGAAAAUGAGGAAAGAAGCCAAAAAGCAUUCUAAAAAAAAACCCAAGGUAAUGGAAGUGCCGAAUCAGUGCCCUUUCAAAGAGGAUAUACUGAAAGAAGUAGAGGCAAUGAGGAAGCAUCAGGAAGAGGAAAAACAAAAGCAAAAGGAGAUAGCGCGUGAAAGAAAACGCGAGCAACUUGCCAAGGAUGGUCUUCAGGGAUUGGUUAAUCGGGCUGAGAAUAAACAGUUGGCACAUAAGCCUAUGAAAGUAGAUUCUGUCCAAAAUCGAAUGAAAAAUACUGUUACCAAGGAAGAAAAUUCACUUAAAGCUUAUUACAAAGAAUUCAAAAAGGUUCUGGAUGCAGCCGAUGUUAUUCUCGAGAUUGUGGAUGCUCGUGACCCACUAGGAACACGAUGCAAAGAAGUAGAAGAAGCAGUACGAUCUGCAAAGGGAAACAAAAAAUUGGUGUUGGUUCUGAACAAGGCUGAUUUGAUACCCAGGGAGAAUUUAGAUCAGUGGCUAAAAUUUCUGAGGGCCAGUUUACCUGCUGUAGCAUUUAAAUCAUCUACACAAAACCAAGCAAAUAGAUUAGGUAGAAGAAAGUUAGGAAAGAAAACGGAAUCCAUGAUACAGAGCAAUACCUGCUUUGGAGCAGAAUUGCUCUUGUCGUUACUUGGGAAUUAUUGUAGAAACAGUGACAAUGUAAAAACAAGUAUCAGAGUGGGUGUGGUUGGCUUGCCAAAUGUAGGAAAAUCUAGCGUUAUUAAUUCUUUAAAACGUAAUAAAGCAUGCCAUGUGGGAAAUAUACCAGGAAUAACGAAAACUAUGCAAAUUGUUCAGUUAGAUUCUAAAAUAAAAUUAUUGGAUUCUCCUGGUAUAGUAUUUGCCAAUUCAGAUGAAAAUUCUGAUGACACAUCUGUGGCUUUAAAAAAUGCAGUGAGAAUUCAAGCGUUGAAAGAUCCUUUUACCCCAGCGACUGCGAUUCUAAAAAGAGUUUCACGACAACAGAUAAUGGAAUUGUACAAUGUACAAGACUUUUCUACACCGGAUGAAUUUUUCGCUAUGAAAGCAGCACGAAUGGGAAAGUAUAGGAAAGGUGGAGUGCCUGAUGCGGUUGCUGCUGCGCGUGGCAUUAUCGAGGAUUGGAACUCCGGAAAAAUUAGGUAUUAUACAGUACCACCCGAACAACCGGUAACUCACAUAUCCGCCGAAAUAGUUAGUCAAAUGGCUAAAGAAUUCGAUAUUGAGAGUUUUGCUGUAGAAGAAAAAAUGAUGCUCGAUAAAUUUGAGACAGAUUCUGCAAACGAUGCUGUGUUGAUUGAUAGUACAGGGCCCGUCACAGCAGCAAUGGAAAUUGAAAUGCAAAAGGAAACGGAAUACAAAGUACAGAAGAAAUUGAAAAAGAAGUUGCAAGAUACAAAGAAGAAUGUUCCUGCUGAGAGACAGAAGAAACCAGAUCCACUUUUCGAGAUUGAAGGCAAUCAAAAAUUGAAUAAGCUCAAGAAACUUCAAUUCAAGAAGGAAAAGAAAGCCCGAGUAAGAAGAGAAAAAGCUGCUGCUAAGCUAGCGGGACAACUUGAAGGAUUUAAAUUAACUUCCAAUGAUUAUGAUUUCAAUACGGAUCUUACAAAUACUUAGAUUAUUAUCAAUAAUUUAAGUAUUGGUAAAAUCGAUUAUCAAUAAUUUUUCUGUACAUCAUAAACGUAUAUACAUGUGUAUGUACAUGUAUGAUAUUUACAUAAUACGCGUACAUGUGGCAAUAUUGUGAAUGGUGUAAGUAAUAAAAAUUAUUCUGGUAUAUAAA